AUGAAGGACCUCUCAAGUGUCAAAACAGCCAACAUCAACGCUCGUCCCUCUCCAAUGGGAACACGCCAACCCCUUCCCAGACCCCAUACAGGUUCACAAUUCUUCCCGCCCAAUGUCUUACAAGAUGAAGGGGUCUGCGCGGAUGAUAACACCUCCACCCCUACUACCCCCUCACCCAAACCCCGUACCUCCAUCUCCCAAAUGCCCCCCUCCGAAUCAGAGGAGAACGUGUCCACUCCAACACUCAACUCUCUCAUCUUCGCGAAGGACACAACGGUUGAGAUGCCCCUUGACACCCUCCACUCCUCACCUGUGCAGAAUCCUGCACUAGCGGAUGAUGAUGAAAUGACAGACCUUCUCGUCUCCAGCCCACCCCCCUCCAAACCCGCCGCAACCACACAGGCAUCGGAAGAGGAUCUACUCCGAGCCCACCUAGCCGUUGCCAAAACCAAUUGGUCCAUCAUUAAAUCCAAUGGCACCAAUUCCCUCACUGUCAUUCCGCAGUUCACCCCCGUCCCAAUCGGCGGUUUCCCCCACAUCCACUUUGCCCACUUUGCCCAACUCUUCGACUACCAGGCAGCUAAGGUCAUCACAGCCUGGCUCAAAGUCCCUCACCCGAAGAUCCUUGUGAGAGUCUUCGACCAUGACGGAAAGAACCCCUCCAUCAAGGGUCCCAUUCUCGUAGAACAUCUGCGGAAAGCCGUCUUGGACAUCACCCACUUCGUCCACCAAGAUGACAUGGAUGCAAAGGUGUCACCACUGUGCCCUGAUACCAGCAAAGAUGAGGCAGACUUCCCCCUCAGUUUCUUAGUGUAUAACAUCUCUGAUGAGACCAAGUCACUCAUUCUAAACCAACGUGUUUGGUCCUCACCUGAAAUCUCCUUCGCCGCACACCCCUUCAGGGUAAACUCCCCCCCCUUACUUCUCCUUUGUCUACACGGUUUCUCCACAACGGACACCGCAACUGUCAAGACUACUGUCCGCGAAGUCUGGUCAGAAGACAUCACCAAGUGGGACAUCGGUGAAAUCUUAUCCGAAAGCAACAUCCCUGAAAAAAAUGUCCACACCGCAACGUGGAACUUCAUCGACUCACUAUGGGUAGAGCGCCUUGACUUUAAGGUUAGCGGAGGAAUCCUUCUCCCACGCUACAACAUUUUCGCUGUCAGCCCCACGAACAACCCCGCGGUCUGGACGAAGCUAAGGGCUUAUCUUCACUCCCUCACCUAUCCCUCUGAACUCGAGGGAAGCGGUACAGCAGUCAACUUUAUGCCAUGCACCCUCUGCCACUCAAUCGCACACCCUCACGGACUCUGUCCAUUCCCAGAUGUUCCACUUUGGAACGGUCCCAAGCACAGUACAAACUCGAGACCCAACAUGACGAACCAGAAAGGGAAAGGCAAAGGGAGGAGGUACCAAGGCAAUGGUCUCCCUAACUAG